AUGUCUAGCACUGGAACCAUUCGUGGGAUUAAUAAGGGUUACCCGGUGCAGAAGCUCGAGGUACCCAAAAGGCCAGCGGGUCGCAAGGGGACCCUGGUCAAGAAAGUCAAGCUUGUACGCGAGGUUGUUCGGGAUGUUGUGGGCCUGAUGCCCUACGAGAAGCGCAUCCUGGACGUGAUCAAGACUGGUGGCUCGGGCGCUGAGAAGAAGGUGUACAAAUUCGCCAAGAGGCGCCUGGGGACGCACCGACGCGCAUUGAAGAAACGUGAGGAGAUUAAGGAGUACUACAGCAAGCUUCGGGCCCGCCAGGCUGCCCACUAGGCUCUGCAAAGCUAGCCUCAAGCUUCGUUACUCAAUACUCAAGCUCUGUGGAAACGCAUGUUGUGGGAGGAUAGAAAGCGACGCUUGAAACUGAACCCUAUUUCUAACAGUUCUCCCGAUCCAUGCUUGGAAAAGGGCGAGGGGAAGGCGAACUAAAGGCUUGUAUGUAUCGGGCAACAGCGCUUGGAAGUGGAGAUGGGGUCAUUCAAACUUCUUAAAUCUUGCAAAGAAAGAAUAGAAGUGUGGAAACCAA